AUGUACCACGAGUCGCAUCUGGACGAUUAUAUUACCUUCUUCAAGGAGGAAGCUGAGGCGAGUUCCAGCCUUACGGUCUCAAAUAUAAUCAGCUUGAGCAGCUGUCGCAUGAUCGAAGCCGAUCUCACAAGCCUCAAGAAAUACGCGCCACAUCUCAUGAGCAUCUUAAGGGAGUACGAGACCAGCUCUGUCAAAGCCCACCUUCUCAUUCGAGAGCUGAAGUUGCUCGCUGAAUGGCUCGAAAUAUCGGCAUCAGCAGACGAUCACCAAAGCGGCAAAACGGCUUUACAGAGAUCUCUGGUGAACUUGAAUUCCUAUAUCUCGGAGCAGCCGACAACUCGUUUCAACCAACCAGCGACGAAAUUCUUCAACUCUUGCCAGAUUUUCGAUGUUUCCUAUGCUCAGAUCGCAAACGUGGAUCCGGAAGUUGUAUUCGAUAGCAUCCCUUGGUUUGACGACGACACUUUGGCAAAAGCUGAACUUGAAUUGUACUUGUCAUCCACGGACGAGCUCAGCUCCGAUGGCCAUCCUGUAGAUUUUCGGCGCGCGGCCGAGAAACGAUUCCCGAAGCUACCCCGAAUAGAAAUUUCUUGUUUGAGCGUUCCUGUCAAUAGCGUGGCUGCGGAGAGAUCGUCCAGCUUGUACUCAGCCGUGCUGAGGGACGAUCGACGCAGUAUCCAUGAGGCAAAUCUACCUAUUUAUAAUAUGCUUUACCAAAACUCCUCGAACAUUUAG